AUGAUGAAAUUUCAGCUUGUUGUAUCGGCCGCCAGCUUGAUCGUUGGAUCCACAGCAUUUGUUGCUCCCAACACUGCCUCGCAAAGAAGUAGUACCACUCACUUGGAUAUGAGUGCUGCUUUGAUCGUCCAAAACAAGGGUGGAGGCCACGGUGAAUUGGGCUACCAAUUGGCGAAGGCUUUGACAGACCACGAAAAAAUCACUUCCAUUACCAUCCUUCAAGACGAUGCCUGCAAUGAUGAAAAGGAGCCAUUCAAAUCAUAUUCCUCCGAUUUGCCCGACGUCAAAGUCGUCAAGGCACCCCUCAGUAGUGGCGAUUCCAUGACAUCAGCCGACGUGAAAAGCCUACUGGGAGAUGCCACUUUUGAAUACAUUUGGGACAAUUGCUCCAAGGGAGCUGAAGGAUCUGGAAAGGCCAUUUGCGAUUGUGCCAAGGACUGGGGCGUCAAGCUCUUGACCUAUGUUUCCUCCGCUGGUAUGUACCAACCUGAUGACGACACUACCUUUCCCAUGCCCGAAACCACUCCCAUCAAGGAGACUUCAGGACAAGCUCAAUACGAUGCCUAUGCUGUUGAAUUGGGACUUCCCUUGGUAUCAUUUCGCCCGCAAUACAUUUACGGCGAAAAGUCCAACAAGCACGAUUACAUUGACUGGUACUUUCAUCGUUUGGUCCGCGAAUUGCCCCUUCCCAUUCCUGAAAAUGGCACCCAAAAGGUUUCCCUGACAAAUUCAAAAGAUGUUGCCAGGUUGCUGAUUGCUCCUUUGGACAACGAAGAGGCUGCCGUCGAACAACGGUUCUUCAACUGCGGAAACGAUAAGUUGUACUCGUACGACGAAGUAGCCUACAUGUGUGCCGAAGCUGCUGGCAUCGCCAAGGAAAAUGUUAUGAUUGAACACUACGAUUCUGAGUUGUAUGGCAAGGCGUACUUCCCAUUCCGCCUGACCAAUUUUUACGUCGCCCCUGAUAUGGCCAAGGAAAAGCUCGGAUACACUGGCUCCCAAUGCGAUUUGGCCGAAGAUCUCAAGUGGUACUACCAAGGCUUCAAUGACCGUGGAGGAAUCGACGAGAAGAUUCCCUUGAUCAAGGACGCGGAGAUCACAGUGCUAAGUAUCACUCGAUUCGAAGUGGGGUCAAUAUACGACAAGUGGGACCCCAUCCCUAUGGAUUGGUCCGAAGUCCAAGAACUUGGUAUCGAAGCUGGUUGGAUGGAAGAAGAAGACGAUAUCUCGAUCAAUUAG